AUGCGGACAACCGCCUUUGAUUUUAUUGUGCUAGGCGCUGGCGCCGCUGGCUGCGCGGCCGCACGCGCGCUGGCCGCCAAAUGCCCUGAUGCUGCCAUCGCGCUGGUAGAGCAGGGGAGCCGUCGCCACGCAGUGCCCAUGAUGCAAGUGCCGGCGCUUCAGCCUUUCAUCGCGACGAGCGGCAAGUGCCAGCCUUUUCUUCGGCACCUUGUGGGCCAGCCGGAGGAGAACCUCGGCGGCCGGGCGCUGGUGCACACGCGCGGCAGCGGCCUGGGCGGCAGCACGCUCUGCAACGACAUGCGCUACCUCCGCGGCACCGCCGCCGACUACGCAGCAUGGGGCGACGAUGCCUGGAGCUGGGAUCGGAUGCUGCCGUACUUCACUGCGCUGGAGGCCAACACACGCGGGGCGCUGAGGCCGGUGCACGGCGCCGACGGACCACUUCCCGUUUCGGACGCCGACCGCAGCAGCAUUGAUGCCUCCCUCAACUCCCACAUUCAACGCGGCACGCGCGUCGGCGUCUUUGAUGCCCUCAUCGAGGAGGAACAGCACCGCACGCCGAACCUCGUCGUGCUCACGGACACCCGCGCAGAGCAGAUCGUGUUUGAGGGCCGUAGCGCCGUUGGCGUGUUGGUCAGCGACGGUACAGGGCGGCGGCUCUCGACGCGGCUGGACUGCGGACGCGUCGUCCUCUGCCUCGGCGCGCUGGAGUCACCCGCUCUGCUACAGCGCAGCGGCGUCGGCAAGGCCGGCACCGUGCUGGACCUUCCGGCUGUCGGACAGAACCUCAUCCAGGGCUGCACCGCCGACAUCGUCUUUCGCGCCCUAACCGGCAUGGAGGGUGCGACCAGCAGGUCACUCAGUGCGCGCAAUCUGCCCUACCUCUGGCAGCAGUGGCGGGAGUAUCAGGAGGAGCGCACCGGUGUCUUUGCGACGCUGGCGGAGGCGGGCGCCUUCGUGCGUUCACGGCCCACGGCGGCGGUGCCGGACCUCUCCUCGUCUUCUACCGCACGCCGCAGUUGGGCUGGCACGGGUGGCGGCGGACCCUGCGCCCCAUGGACGGCGCUCGAGAAUGAAAAGGACAGCAAUGCGCAGUUGCGCAGGAAACUCGAGGAGUCUGCCAAACGCGAGGCGGUUAGCGAGGAACUGGAGCGGACGCUACGCCGCGACCUUGAGGUGGCGGGCGGCACACCCGCCGCGGCGUCGCCGACGCGCUGGCCGAGCACGAUCAGGAGUGGAGCAGCUGAAAGGGCAGAUCAAGGACCUGCUGCAGCGCAUCGACGUCGCGGCGGAUACACGCGCGUGACGGAGCUGAACAAGCAGGUGGAGGAGCUAGAGGGUCGGGCCGCCGCCGCCAAUGCCGCACUGCGCGAGGAGAAGGAGAAGUUCAGCCAGCAGCUGCUCGUCGCCCACAACGCGCUGCGGAGCAGCAGGCCCGCAACCUCGAGCACUUGA